UCAAAAGUCUAUCAGACAUCCAUCCACUAUCUCUGGACAUCUCUAUUAACAUGUGCCGAUCACUAGAACAUCUGCCAGUCACUUGUCUGGAAAGGGCAAAGGAGCUCAAGGCUCGGUUUGGAAGUUUUCUACUAAAGCAAGAGCUCAGUAUCAUGGGCCACUCACAAAAGAAUAAAAAACGUACACCGGAGGACAGACAGAAAUGGUCUUUCCAUGAACUCCUUGCACACAAAGAGGGGCUGUGCGCUUUCACGACGUUCCUGGCAUCUGAGUACAGUGAAGAAAAUAUUGCUUUCUAUUUGGCCUGUGAGGAAUACAGGAACACAAAGAGCUCAUCGAAGCUGUGCGCAAAGGCCAGGAAAAUCUAUGAGGAGUUCAUCGCCUCUGAUGCACCAAGAGAGGUUAAUCUUGAUCAUGAAACUAGAAACAUCACCUUGAAGAAUAUGGAGCAGCCCACACUGUCCUGCUUCAACCUUGCCCAGAGUAAAAUUAACACCCUCAUGGAGAAAGACUGCUACCCUCGAUUCCUCAAGUCAGCUGUCUACCAGGAACUCAUCACACAGCAUGUGGGUUAAACUACCCUAAAGACAGCAGGGGAUGAAUGCGUCCCCGGUUAACAUGGCAUCUGUGUGACGUGAUGGUCACUUAAUGAUCUGAACCUGUUUCCUGAGGUUCAGGAGGACUGGACGCACACCGGAAGUCCUCGGGCAUUCGAGAACAUUGACUCUAUGAACACAGCAGUGGAGCACACAGAGAUCAAGAUUGUACUGUAGCACUGAACAAUAACUGUGAAAGUGAAAUGACUUUUGCACAAUUAUGUGUUAAAUAUAUUUUUUUUGUAUUGCCUAUGAAUAUUUAUUGAAAAUAGAAUUUAUAUUUGUAUUUAUAUUUGAUGAACAAUUGUGGGUUAUUUAUUGAACUUUUGAGUGUAUAAUAAAUUUUGUACAUGCA